UAACUCUUCAGUCCGAUCUCGCGCGAACCAGGAGGCCCCUUCACCGUUGAAGUAUCCCCAGGCACCUUGGUCUCGUCAACAAACAGCGUGGUCUCCGUUGCCCGCCACCACCAACCUCCAUCGCAUCCUACCAAACAUACCUCAACAUAACAUAAUACAACUCACACACUCCUCCUAAUGUCACCCUCUGCACCGGCUGGAGUCCCAGCCCAGUUACGACACCUAAUUUAUUACCACCUCGACAACGGUUACCUCGAGAAUGCGCUCUUCUUCGCCGGGCGUCUACACGCUCUUGAACCCCGAAGUCACGACGCCGCACACCUGCUCGCCCUCUGUAAUCUAAAACUCGGCCGGAACAAAGCUGCAUUCGAUUACGCGAAACCCAAGGGGACUUCCCAUCAACAUCUGGGAUGCGCGUACGUAUUUGCGCAGGCGUGCUUAGCAUUAGAGAGAUUCGAUGCGGGAACCACAGCGCUGGAAAAGUCGCGUGGACUGUGGGCUACGAAGAACCAUUGGAACAAGCAUUCUGAUUCCGCGAGGAUACAUCUCCCUGAUGCUGCAGCUUGCUACUGCUUGCUCGGGAAGUUAUGGCAAGCCCACGGCGACACCAAAAAGGCGGUCGAUAAUUACAUCGAAUCUUUAAAGUUGAAUCCAUGCAUGUGGGAUGCUUUUACGGCACUAUGCGAUAUGGGCACGGCUGUUCGACCCGUCAACAUCUUCAAAGUAACGCCAGAAAUUCUUGCAUCGCUGACCACCUCUCUGUCUGCUGGACAAUCUAGUCACAACUCUAUGCCACAAGAAGCACCUGACACGCGGAAUCCGUUUGUCUCGACUCCAGACAAUGAUCCGUUCAAUCCGCGUACUGGAGGCGAUAUUGGGCUGAACCUGGGUGGCGCUAACCUCCUAUCCAGAUUGAAUGGCAUGACGAAUGGCCACGGGCACGGCUCAGCCUAUCCAGAUGUGGAUACGCCGACCUCCAACGCUCAGAAUGUCCCAGAUAAUGACAUCAUGAUGGGUGAUGCUGUAGGUCCUGUGAUGAACGAAGGUGGAGAGAUGCCUCACGCCCCGGUCAGGAAAACCAGGACGCAAGCGUACAACGCGACAGAAGAUCCGCCUAGAAUGCGGCCCAUCACAACAAGAACCAGGUUAAAGAUGGGAUCAGAGAGUUCGGAAUCGACCGAUAUCCCCAGGCCCAUAGGCCAAAACGGCCACAAGAGGACUGUGUCGGGACACUCUACACAUCAUUCGCAACAGUCACAACAGUCCAGUAUGGCCCCGUCAGAUCCAACAGCAGCGCCGCCACGGAGAAGCGUGCGACUAUUGAACCAUAUAAGACCUUCAGCUAGCCGAUUCGCGGGUGCCACUGCCAGAGAUGCUGAGAGCAAGGAGAAGCGCGACCUUAAGAAGAAAGCCACCGGAACUAAGGGCAAGACGGCGUCCACUUCUACAGCAGGUCGGGUUGUGAGUGGAAACCGGAGACCGACAGUUGACACCUCAGAACCCACAUCAAAGCCAGACCUUCGACCUUCGAGUUCUGGCUUGAUGCGCGCUCCACCCCCGAGGAUGGCUGCACCAAAAGAGCUGGCGCAAGGGAAGGACUCAAUAGAAUGGCUCCUUGAUUUGCUUCGAAAGAUUGGAACUGGGUAUUCUCAGCUAAGUCGCUACCAAUGCGUACAGGCCUUGGAGGCUUUCGCAACUGUGCCAACGCAACAACGCGAGACCCCUUGGGUACUGGCCCAGAUUGGAAAGGCACAGUACGAGCGAUGCAUGUACAGUGAAGCUGAGAAGGUGUUUCAGCGGGUACGCGAAAAGGCCCCUACAUCUCUCGAUGGCAUGGAGGUCUUCUCCAACGUACUGUGGCAGCUGAAGAAGGAGACCGAUCUUGCCUACCUUGCGCAUACUCUACUAGAGCAAGAUCGUUUAUCUCCUGAAGCAUGGUGCGCCUUGGGCAAUUCAUUCUCCCUGCAGCGGGAGCAUGACCAAGCCAUCAAAUGCUUUUCAAGGGCAACACAGUUGGAUCCCGAAUUUGCCUACGCCUUCACACUUCAGGGCCAUGAGCAUCUCGCAAACGAGGAGUUCGACAAAGCAAUGCUAGCCUACCGAUGUGCGAUCAGCGCAGACAAUCGCCACUACAACGGCUGGUAUGGCCUGGGUCAGGUGUUUGAAAAAAUGGGCAAAUACGAUGUCGCCGAGAAGCACUUCAGGGCCGCAGCACAGAUUAAUCCAACCAAUCCAUUCCUUGCGGUUAGGAUUGGAGCUGUACUUGAUCGUAUGAGGAAGACUCAGCCUGCUCUAAUGCAAUACAUGGCUGCUAUUGCCUUGGAUCCACGGUCAACCGUUGCGCGGUUCAGGAAAGCUGAGAUUCACCUCAAGCUUGGUUCGCCCUUGGAAGCUCUUAAAGACCUUGAGUAUCUCAAGGACUGUAUUCCCGAUGACGCCAACGUCCACUUCUUGCUUGGUAGAACUUACAACAUGAUUGGAGAACGUGGCAACGCAAUUCGACACUACACCAUCGCCAUGAAUCUGGACCCGAAAGCUCAAUCACUGAUCAAGGAAGCCAUGGAGAAGGUUGGAGAGGACGAUGGCGAAGGCUGGAGUAGCGACGACGAUCGUUGAGAGCUUUGACAUUCUCAUCUCUCAUAAGGAAAACAUGGCAACACCAAACUAAGCCCUAACACUGUAUCGACUUGUGGCGGGCCUUGGCCUUGAUCACAUUUCAACGCCACCCCUGACCCCUUUCACGGUCGUCUCGGCUUCAGUGAAAAG